CACAUCGGCGAUGACCCGCGAUCAGCUGGAGGCCUUUGCCCUCCGGCUGAAGGCGGAAAUGGAUCGGGAGCGGGAGGAGCGGAACUACUUCCAGUUGGAGCGGGACAAGAUCCGCACCUUUUGGGAGAUCACGCGCCAACAGCUGGAUGAAACCCGCUAUGAGCUGCAGCAAAAGGACAAGGAGAUCGAGGCCACGCAGGACCUCGCCGACAUCGACACCAAGCACGUGAUGCAGCAGAUGAAGCACCUGCAGUUCGAGAACCACAACAAGCUGGGCGAGGUUCGGGCCGAGGCGAUGACCCAGCUGAAGUUGGCCCAGGAGCACCAUGUCCUCCAGGAGAACGAGCUGCAAAGGGACAAGCGCCAGCUGCGCAGGAUGCUCCGCGAAAGGAUGGAGAUGAGCGAGAUGCAGCUGCGCCAAAUGGAGGCCCAUUUCAACGAGAAGCUGCUGGAGCAGCGCAUCACCUUCGAGCGCGAGCGCAAGGACAACGAGAUGCUGCACGAGGAGAAGAUGAUCGAGCAGAAGGCCAAGCUGGACCUCUUCUACGGCACCCAGAUGUUCGAGGUGGAGGAGCGCAAGAACCAGCAGAUCAAGGACCUGCAGGACCACCACGACCUGGCCUUCAACGACAUGAAGAACUACUACAACGACAUCACGCUGAACAACUUGGCGCUGAUCGGCAGCAUGAAGGAGCAGCUGGAGCACCUGCGCAAGCAGGCGGAGCGCUCAGACAGGAUCGCAGCGGACACGGCGGCGGAGAAUCGGCGGCUGAAGGAGCCGCUGGAGCACGCGAACAUCCAGCUGAACGAGUUCCGCAGGAAGCUGGAGUUCUACGAGCGGGACAAACAGCAGCUGAGCCGCCUCAAGGCGCGCAACACUCGGCUGGAGAAGAAGGUCAAGGGGCUCACGUGGGAGGCGGAGACUCUGAUCCUGCGCAACGAUUCGCUGGUGGCGGAGCGGGAGGGUCUGAAGGAGCGCUUCAACGACGUCAUCGUGGAGCUGCAGCAGAAGACGGGGCUGAAGAACGUCCUUCUGGAGCGCAAGAUCGCCGCCCUGAUGCGCGAGGACGAGAAGCGCAGCAUUGUCCUGCACGAGACGAUCGCCACCUGCGCCCCGAACUUCGCCGAAAAGCUAACCAGCCUGGACGAGCGCGUGGGCAACAUCGUCGACGAGAAGAACAAGAUCAUCCUCGACCUGCGCUACGAGGUGGCCAAGGCCCGCAAGGCCCACGACGACCUCCUCGAGACCUACGAGUGCAAGCUGAAGCAGUACGGCGUGCCCACCGACGAGCUGGGCUUCAAGCCCCUCAGGGACCGGGACCAACAGCAGCUGUACGUCUGCGGUCCAGCUGGAAUAAUCACGGAGAACAAGUAG